UCAGUGCUCCAAACUGGGCUACCAUCAUAACUGGGAUGGGUCCUGAGGAGUCUGGUGUUUCAGAAAACUACUGGCUGCCACCAGACGGCCCACUCUCUAGGCCCGCUCUCACAUCUUCCCCCCACCAGUGGCAAGGGCAAGGUUGUUGUUGUCGCAAUAGGAAUAUACACGGCAUUUCUUGAAAGUUUACUUAUCGUACACAAAUAAUUUUCAACUCAGUUUGCACUAUGUGAGGAGGCUUCUUGUGUGCACACACCUACAA